AUGCGGGAGGGGAGCGCGGGCGGCCGCGGCGCGGAGAACCGGACGGGUGCCGAGCCCCCGUUGCACCUUUUCCCCGUUCCCGUACUCACCGGCAUCACCGUCGCCUGCGUUCUCCUCUUCGUCAUCGGGAUCAUCGGCAACCUCAUGACCAUGCUGGUGGUGUCGCGGUUCCGGGACAUGAGGACCACCACCAACUUCUACCUGUCCAGCAUGGCCUUCUCCGACCUGCUCAUCUUUCUCUGCAUGCCUCUGGACCUCUUUCGCCUCUGGCAGUACCGGCCCUGGAACUUUGGGGAUAUCCUCUGCAAGCUCUUCCAGUUCAUCAGCGAGAGCUGCACCUACUCCACCAUCCUCAACAUCACUGCCCUCAGCGUGGAGCGAUACGUUGCCAUCUGCUUCCCCCUCCGAGCUAAAGUGAUCAUCACUAAGGGGAAGGUCAAGCUGGUCAUCCUCUUCCUCUGGGCCAUCUCCUUCAUUAGUGCCGGACCCAUCUUUGUCUUGGUGGGAGUCGAGCACGAGAACGGCACGAACCCCCUGAGCACCAACGAGUGCCGAGCAACUGAGUAUGCCAUCCGCUCGGGGCUCCUCACCAUCAUGGUCUGGACCUCCAGCAUCUUCUUUUUCCUGCCUGUGUUUUGCCUGACCGUGCUGUACAGCCUCAUCGGGAGGAAGCUCUGGAGGAGAAAGAGAAAGAAUAUUGGUCCAAACACUGUCAUCAGGGAUAAGAACAACAAGCAAACUGUGAAAAUGUUAGCUGUGGUGGUAUUUGCCUUCAUACUCUGCUGGUUGCCUUUUCACGUGGGACGAUAUUUAUUUUCCAAAUCCUUUGAAGCUGGAUCCUUGGAGAUAGCAGUGAUCAGCCAGUACUGCAACUUGGUGUCCUUUGUCCUCUUCUACCUGAGUGCAGCCAUCAACCCCAUCCUCUACAACAUCAUGUCAAAGAAGUACCGGGUCGCCGCUUGCCGGCUCUUUGGACUCAAACCCCUUCCCAAGAAAAGACUCUCCAGCAGGAAGCAGGAAGGUUCUCGCAUCUGGACAGAGCCAAAUGUUACCACAUGACACGUGGUUUCCAAGCAGCAGAGCAUCACUUA